GGCACUUGGUGUGUCAUGCAUACAUUAGUGCUUGAGAAGAGCAGGAGUCUAGGGGGAGACCGAGGAGGUUCUACUUUGAGUGUCAUCACAAAUUACCAGAAGAACUUGCAGUCUCGCUCACUCUCUUCUCCUCUCGUCCGCUUUUGGCAGGAGCUAAGGCAGACGAGCCACCAACACUGCCACCUCUCUCUCACGCGCACACCUUCUCUCCCUCACUCGUUUUCUUUUUCGUAUCCCUCUCUUUCUCAUCUGAUACUUCUCGUAUAUUAGGUUUUUCUUUGUUUUCUUUAUUUUUGUAACUCUUUUUGUUAAAGAAAUGGAUUGACGGUAGAUCGCUUCAAGAGCUUCAACUUUUAGAGAUUCGUUUUUUUCCCCCCAACUUUUUUGUUGUUGCUUGUUUCUGGUAAUUUUUUGUUUCUCAUGGCAAGACAUGCUGGUUGUGGUCUAACUCAAACGUGAUGCUUCAGGAGUUAAGCGCGAGUGUCUUCUUCCCACCUUGCUUGCAGCACCGACCUUUAGCUCAAGUUCCUGACAAUGAUGAGCAGUUUGUUCCAGACUUUCAGAGUGAAAACUUGGCGUUCCACGGGCUGCAGUUGAGGAUAAAGAGAGAGCCCCACAGUCCGUGUACUGAUCUGGGCUCAGCCUGCAGUCAGGAGAGGCCCUUCAGAAUCCACUAUGGGGAGAAGUGCCUGUAUAACAUCAGUGCCUACAAGCAGAAGCAUCCCUCGGGAAUGAAGGCCUCCAGCCCAGUGUCUACCCCCUGCAGCACGCCCGUGUCCCCUGGCCAGCAUGUGUCUCCCACUGCCGCCCCCACCCCGAAACCAGACAGGACGUACCCUCACCUCGCACCCCCACAGCCCCUCCCUGACAGCGCUUACCCCAUGGACCACAGUGUUUUGUACAGAUUUCGGAGGCAGUUGUCGGAGCCGUGUCAUUCGUUCCCCUCUCAUUCGAUGUCGCGGGACGGACGGCCCAUGUAUCACAGACAGAUGUCAGAACCCAGCAUCCCCUUCCCUCCUCAGGGGUUCAAGCAGGAGUACGGAGACCCCCUCUUCGAACAUUCGGCCAUGGUGGGGGCGCCGCUCCCCCAGACGUACCCGCACUCCAUGAUGAUCAAACAAGAGCCUCGCGACUUCACCUACGACUCAGAAGUGCCUAGCUGUCACUCUGUAUAUCUUAGACAAGAAGGAUAUCUGGCCCACAAUAACAGAACAGAGGGAUGCAUGUUCGACAAAGUUGCAAGGCACUUCUAUGAUGACACUUGCGUGGUACCAGAGAAGGUUGAAAGUGAUAUAAAGCAGGAGGCGGGGCUGUACCGUGAAGGCCCGACCUAUCAGAGACGAGGCUCGCUGCAGCUCUGGCAGUUUUUGGUGGCCCUAUUGGAUGACCCCUCAAACUCACACUUCAUUGCGUGGACAGGCCGGGGCAUGGAGUUUAAACUCAUUGAGCCCGAGGAGGUGGCGCGACGUUGGGGAAUUCAAAAGAAUCGGCCUGCCAUGAACUACGACAAACUUAGCAGAUCGUUGCGCUAUUACUAUGAGAAAGGCAUCAUGCAAAAGGUGGCAGGCGAAAGAUACGUGUAUAAGUUUGUCUGCGACCCCGAGGCUUUGUUCUCCAUGGCCUUCCCUGACAAUCAGCGCCCGGUGCUGAAGACCGACCUGGAGCGGCAGAUCAACGAGGAAGACACCGUGCCAUUGUCACACUUCGAUGAGAACAUGGCGUACAUUCAAGAGGGCGGCUACUGCAAUCCGCACCCGUACAACGAGGGCUACGUCUACUGAAAACUGCUACCGGCCGUUCGAAAACAAAACAAACUUUCAGACUUAUCCCUCAUUUCCUUUAGUCAUUCCCCAGGACAAAAGAGAGCACUUUAUGGACAGAAGAUGAUGGCAGUGUGUAAACCUACAAACGUACUGGUGUAGUUACGUUAGAUGCUCCUUUGGUGUUUUUUGUUGCUAUUGAAGGGGAUGGGGUGUUUCAGCAUGCCGUUUUCUCACAGC